AACAACCAAAUGGAAUUUUAAUUAAACCAUAACCCUAGCUAAUGGAUCGAACCUCCGAUAGAUCUUCCUCGAAACGCUCCCGCGACGAACGCGACCACCGUGACUCCGUAGAAGACCACCGUGACCACGACCGUGAACACAAACACCGAUCUCGAGAUAAAGACAGAGACUCCGAUUCUCACCACCGUCACCACCGCGACCACCAUAGAUCGGACCGGGAAAGCCACCGCGAACACCACAAAACAUCGCGGUUGUCGUCCAAGAUUGAAGAUGGAGAGAGCUCUCGAGAUCGUGAAUCAUCAAAGCGUGAGAAAUCUCGCGAACCGAGUGAAGACUAUCAUCGGGAGGAUCGAGAGCGGUCACGUGAGAGAGAGAAAUCACGUGAGAGAGAAGAUUAUGCAAAGGUUUACAGAAGGAAGAGGAAGGAUAGAGUAGACGGUGAGGAUACUGUUGAUGGUGAGAGUGAGAAGCGGGCUAGGGUUUCGUCGUCGGAGAAUAAGAGAGAGAGGAGGAGAUUUGGUGGUAAAGCUAAAGAGGAAGAGGAGGAGGAAGAAGAAGAUAAGGAGUGUAGUAAUGGUAAUUUGGGAAAUAAUAAUUCAAGUAGAGUAGGUUAUUCAAGUGAAAUUAAGUUUAAAGAGGCAGUGAAUGAUGACACUACUGCGAAUGGCGGCGGCAUUGCUACUCAGAAUGGUGCUGCCUCGGAAUCAUUCACUGAGACAGCCAGCACUGUGGUUGAGAACUCUAUGGCCCCUGUUCAUCCUCUUCCUACCAAGGUAUCUUCAAUUUCAAACACAAAUGAAAAUAAGGGAGUUAGUAUUACCAGAAUUCAUGAGGUUCCUGGAAAAUCUAGUACAGAUGGGACAUCUUCAGCUGCUGGGAAAAGUGGAAGUCUAUCCCUUGUUGCUUUAGCAAAAGCUAAAAAAGCUUUACAAAUGCAGAAGGAACUUGCAGAGAAGCUGAAGAAGAUACCACAGUUGAACAAGAGCUCAAGUUCAGGCGGUAAAGCACAAUCUUUAAUGAAAGAGCAGUCAUCUGGUUUUGGAGCUGCACAGGGGUCAGCUCUAUCAACAUCAGUUGCUAGUAGUGCAGUAGGUACUAUGUCAAAUUCAUCUGCUGCUGGAAAGCCUCCUGCAAGUGAUCUGGCAUCGGUUCCGGGACUUGCUAAUAUAACCAAUAUUGAAGCUGUUAAGCGUGCUCAGGAGCUUGCUGCUAAAAUGGGAUUUCGUCAGGACCCUGAGUUUGCUCCUCUUAUAAACUUGUUCCCUGGACAAGUGCCUGCAGAAGUUUCUGUGGCACAGAAGCCUACCAAGGCCCCUGUACUUCGUCUAGAUGCACUUGGCAGGGAAAUAGAUGAACAUGGAAACCUAGUGAAUCUGACUAAGCCAAGCAACCUUAGCACCCUGAAGGUGAACAUCAACAAGCAGAAAAAGGAAGCUUUUCAGAUUCUUAAACCAGAAUUAGAUGUUGAUCCUGAAUCAAAUCCGCACUUUGAUCCAGCUAUGGGGAUAAAUAAGACUAAGCUCUUGAGGCCCAAACGAUUUUCUUUCCAGUUUGUAGAGGAAGGCAAAUGGUCAAAGGAAGCUGAAAGUAUAAAAAUUAGGCAUCAAUUUGGAGAAGAAAGUGCAAAAGAUAAGAAGGCUAGACAAGCAUUACAUGCAAAAGCAAAAGUAGCUCCUGAUAUAAAUCCCAAUCUGAUAGAGGUAUCAGAGAGAGUUAUAACGAAAGAAAAGCCUAAGGAACCAAUUCCUGAAAUUGAGUGGUGGGAUGUACCACUCCUGUCUGGUGGAAGCUAUAAUGAAAUUGAUGACUCUAAUAUAAGCGACAAGCUAAAGAUGGAGAAGAUGACAAUCUAUGUAGAACAUCCGCGUCCCAUUGAACCCCCUGCCGAGCCAGCUCCUCCACCACCUCAGCCUCUGAAGCUUACAAAGAAGGAGCAGAAGAAGCUUCGUACUCAGCGUCGUUUAGCCCGGGAAAAAGAUAGGCAGGAGAUGAUUAGGCAAGGCUUAAUUGAACCCCCCAAACCCAAAGUUAAAAUGAGCAAUUUAAUGAAAGUUCUUGGCUCUGAAGCUACACAAGAUCCGACAAGACUUGAGAAGGAAGUUCGUACUGCAGCUGCAGAGCGUGAACAAGCUCAUAUUGACAGGAAUAUUGCACGCAAACUCACUCCUGCCGAGCGCCGUGAGAAGAAGGAAAGGAAGCUUUUUGAUGACCCAAAUACUGUGGAAACUAUGGUGUCCGUGUACAGGAUCAAUGAUCUUUCUCACAAGAAGACUCGUUUCAAAGUUGAUGUUAAUGCUUAUGAGAACCGCUUGACUGGAUGUGCUGUAAUCUCGGACGGAAUCAAUAUUGUGGUUGUGGAAGGGGGAAGUAAAUCUAUUAAGAGAUAUGGGAAGCUAAUGUUGAGGCGCAUAAACUGGGCAGAGGCUGUAGAUGAAGAAGAAGAUGGUGAUGAUGGCAGUGAUGAGAAGCCUGUGAACAAAUGCGUGUUAGUGUGGCAAGGCAGUGUUGCUAAAUCGAGCUUCCAUAGGUUCUCAGUACAUGAGUGCCUGACUGAAGCUGCUGCUAGGAAAGUGUUUGUAGAUGGUGGUGUUGCUCACUAUUGGGAUCUUGCUGUCAACUUUUCUGAUGAUUAAAUGUGAGUGCUGUCCUCCAUUACUUUUCCGUUUUAAUGAUUUUUGCCAAAGUUGAGCAUGUUGGCAGUGAAGAGUAUAAUAUAAAUAACUUUGAUGCUGUGUUCAACUAAUUUUUGUUAGCUCAUUUGUGCACUAGAUUUUCUGUAAAGUGAAGUUGUCAUCAUGCAUACAAAAAAUGCGAUUAAAUGAUCUUUCAUAGUCGAGUCAAA